AUGAAAGCUAUUCAGGUCUUGGGAAGCCAAGAAAACCACCACAUUGUCCUUUCAGAUGCCUUGUCACGGCCAUCUCCUACAGGCAGCCAAGUUCUCAUCAAGGUCCAUGCUGCCGGCAUAACGGCGGACGAGGUCAUAUGGCCCGAGCUGUAUGCUUCACCUAAUCGAGUCCCUGGGCAUGACAUCUCCGGCAUAGUCGAAGCCUUCGGCCCUGAAUAUCAUGGCCCACUGUCUCUUGGGGAAAGCGUGUAUGCCAUGCUUCACGCAGAUGCUCCUCAUGGAGGUCAGUCAGAGUACGCCAUCGCCAUGCCAAAUGAGGUCGCUGUCAAACCAUCCUCGAUUUCCCAUGCGCAGGCGGCAGCGCUUCCCAUCCCUGCGUUAACCGCAUGGGAAGCCAUUUUCAAGCACACAAAGCUUGCGCAGGGCAGCAAAAUUUUCGUCACGGGCGCUUCGGGAGCUGUUGGCGCCAUGCUUGUUCAAAUUGCCAGAAAGUUCCUCAAUGCAGAGGUCAUCGGCCUAGCGUCUCCUUCAAACCACGCCAUGCUGGCCGAGCUAGGAGCAACCAAAGUCCUGGACUACAGCUCCCCAGAGUGGUACGCCAAGGUUCACGGAAUGGAUGCUGUUUUCGAUACAGUUGGAGGGGACAUAUUCUCAAAAUCUUGGAGAGUGGUGAAAGAGAACGGAUACAUCGUAACAGUCGGUGAUCCAGCUCCGAAGUGGGCUUUUGGCAGGGGACAACCUGAAGAGUUGCAAACUUAUCCAAACGUGAAAUGCUUGCACUUCAUCGUCUCCCCAGACGGCGAUGCUCUUUCAGAGGUGGCCUCGCUUAUAGACGAUGGCGCACUAAAGCCAAUUCCUGUCCAAGUGUUUGAGGUGGAAGAGGCGGUAGAAGCUUGGAAAUAUGCAUCGCAAAGAGGCAGAAAGGGAAAGGCAGUGAUUAAAUUCCAGGCUGAAUAG